UCAACAGUCUUUAGGCAUUGGAGCUGAGUAUCUAAUCCGGAGCAGUUGUAGUAAUGAAGUUAACUAUCGUACUAUUGGCCCUCGUUGGCCUAGUGGCCGCUACUAGCGUUUCUUCGCCCACCAAAGUUACCGUAGCCGAUCAUGCUUUCUUGGAAAAACAGAAGUUCCUCUUCGAAAUCGUUUACCGCGUGGAGGAUCCACUGAUGUUCGAGGAGUACAUCAAGAUGGGUCACACUUUGGUCUACGACAAGGCACUUUACACCGUAAGUUUCAAUUAAUUGUCGC